CUCCCAACUCUCUCCCCUUCUUCCCUCCUCUCCUUUCAGGAGCCACCACCCCGCCUGCCUCUCUCCACCUCCUCCUCUUUCUGCUCUGCAAUCAGGGGAAUAAAUCAGGGACGGACGCUCACACACACACGCGGAGUAGGAUCUGUUACAAAAGUAGCGCUGAUGGCGGCGGAUCAGACGAAGCUGGAGCUGCUGCUGGAGUAGCAAAGAGUGGAGUAUCUUUCGCUCUCUCCCUUUUCUCUAUUUCGUCUCUUUCCCCACUCCACCCACAGAUCUCCAUCGUUUCUCCUCCUCCUCCCCACCCUCGGCCGCGCUCUCGCUUCUCCGCGCAUCUCUGGGCUGCGCCUCCUGCGAGGGGGCGGGUGGGGGGGGGAGCGGAGGAGGCUUUAAAGAACCACGGCCCCCCCGCACCGCCACACACGCGAUAAUUGAAUUUAUUAUUAUUGCCGUCUCGCCGACUUGGGAAAGGGGGAUCGAUCUUCGAUCAGGAAGAUGGCUGCUGGCUGGCUGCUGGUCUUUAGCCUGACACUUUUCCAGUCCCUGGUGAUGAACCACUCCUCGGAGGGACCGUUCCCCUCAGCCACCACGAUAAAAUCAUGGGUAGAUAAGAUGCAAGAAGAUCUCGUAACACUGGCACGAACUGCAAGUGGAGUGGAACAGCUUGCUAAGAUUUAUAAGGAUAACAAAGCAUUGUAUGAUGUAGAAGCAAACAACCCUCGUCAGCUAGUGGAAAUUGCAGCCAGAGACAUUGAAAAACUUCUAAGUAACAGGUCUAAAGCCUUAGUGCGUCUUGCUAAAGAAGCAGAGAAGUACCAAGCAUCACAUCAGUGGAGGGACGAGUUUGGGAAUAAUGAUAUAAUCUAUUACAAUGCAAAAGAUGAUCAGAAUGAUCCUGAAAAGAAUGACACUGAAUCUGGCAGCCAGAGAAUCAGACCGGUAUUUGAAGAUGAUCCUGUUUUCCGACGGCAAACGUCUUACCAACAUGCAGCAGUCCACAUACCAACAGAUAUUUAUGAAGGCUCAACCAUAGUGUUAAACGAACUCAACUGGACGGCAGCAUUGGAUGAUGUGUUCAAGAGGAACAGAGAAGAAGACCCCACUUUAUUAUGGCAGGUUUUUGGCAGUGCAACUGGCCUCGCAAGGUAUUACCCAGCUUCCCCAUGGGUAGAUAAAAGCCGAACUCCUAACAAAAUAGAUCUGUAUGAUGUACGCAGAAGACCAUGGUAUAUCCAAGGAGCUGCAUCUCCCAAAGACAUGCUUAUUUUAGUUGAUGCGAGUGGGAGUGUCAGUGGAUUGACAUUGAAGCUGAUCCGCACCUCAGUCAUUGAGAUGUUAGAGACAUUGUCUGACGAUGACUUUGUGAAUGUAGUUUCAUUUAAUAAUAAUGCUCAGAACGUCAGUUGCUUUAAUCAUCUUGUCCAAGCUAAUGUGAGGAACAAGAAGAAACUGAAAGAAGCUGUCUAUAAAAUUUCUGCUAAAGGAAUUACAGAUUACAAAAAAGGCUUUAGCUACGCUUUUGAACAGCUGCUAAAUCACAGUGUUUCCAGAGCUAACUGCAAUAAGAUUAUUAUGUUGUUUACGGAUGGUGGUGAAGAAAGAGCACAAGAAAUUUUUCAUAAAUAUAAUGAAGACAAAAAAGUACGUGUGUUCACAUUUUCUGUUGGUCAACAUAAUUACGACAAAGGACCCAUACAGUGGAUGGCCUGUGAAAAUAAAGGUUAUUAUUAUGAAAUUCCGUCUAUUGGAGCCAUAAGAAUAAACACCCAGGAAUAUCUGGAUGUUCUGGGAAGACCAAUGGUUUUAGCUGGAGAGAAAGCCAAACAAGUCCAAUGGACAAAUGUCUAUCUGGAUGCUCUGGAGCUGGGCCUUGUGAUUACAGGAACUCUACCCGUCUUCAAUCUAACAAGGGAACAAAAUGGGAAAAUUAAUCAACUGAUUCUUGGAGUAAUGGGGGUCGAUGUCUCUUUGGAGGACAUAAAAAAACUGACACCCCGAUUUACGCUUUGUCCAAAUGGUUACUAUUUUGCCAUUGAUCCUAAUGGGUAUGUGCUCCUGCAUCCAAAUCUCCAACCAAAGCAAAUUGGUGUGGGCAUACCCAAAGUUAAAUUGAGAAAAAGGAGACCCAAUGUACAGAAUCCUAAAUCCCAGGAGCCUGUUACACUGGAUUUUCUAGAUGCUGAAUUGGAAAAUGAUAUUAAAGUUGAGAUUCGGAAAAAAAUGAUAGAUGGAGAAAGUGGAGAAAAAACUUUUGAAACCCUGGUCAAGUCCCAAGAUGAGAGGUAUAUUGAUAAAGGAAACAGAACAUAUACAUGGACUGCUGUGAAUGGCACUGAUUACAGCUUGGCAUUGGUGUUACCAUCAUACAGCUUUUAUUAUAUUAAAGCCAAAAUAGAAGAACCAAUAACUCAAGCCAAAUUCACAAUCAAACAGGUUUCAGAAACACUGAAGCCUGAUCAUUUUGAUGAAGCUGGCUAUACGUUUAUAGCACCAAGAGAAUACUGUAAUGAUGUAAAAAAAUCAGAAAACAACACUGAAUUUCUAUUAAAUUUCAAUGAAUUUAUUGACAGAAAUACUCCAAGCAGUUCAUCAUGUAAUACCGAUAUGGUCAUUAGAGUUUUGCUGGAUGCAGGAUUUACAGAUGAACUUGCCCGAAAUUAUUGGAGUAAACUGUCUCUUGAUGGAGUUGUUGCACAAUUUGUUGUUACAGAUGGUGGAAUUACUAGAGUAUUCCCCAAAAGGGCAGGAGAAGAUUGGUUGGAAAAUGCUGAAACUUAUGAAGUCAGCUUCUAUAAAAGGAGUUUAGAUAAUAACAACUAUAUUUUCACAGCUCCAUAUUACAACAAAAGUGGUGCCAAUAGCUAUGAAUCAGGUAUUAUGGUAAGCAAGGCUGUGGAAAUAGACAUUAAUGGAAAACAUCUGAAGCCAGCAGUUGUUGGAAUAAAAAUUGAUGCAACCAGCUGGAUGGAAAAUUUCACAAGAACCACAAUCAAGAGCCUGUGCAACAGUGAAAUCUGUGGAUGUGAGAGAAAUAGCAUGCAUGUGGACUGUGUUAUCCUUGACGAUGGUGGAUUUCUUUUGAUGUCAAAUCGAGAUGAAUAUACACAACAGAUUGGAAGAUUCUUUGGUGAGAUUGAUCCUGGCCUGAUGCGAAACCUGAUUAACAUGUCCCUGUAUGCCUUCAACAAGUCAUAUGACUAUCAAUCAGUCUGUGAUCCUGAAGAAGAACCAAAGCAAGGAGCUGGACUUCGUUCUGCUUAUGUGCCUACGAUAACAGAUAUUUUACAACUAGGAUGGUGGGCUUCAGCAGCUGCCUGGUCUAUCUUACAGCAGCUGUUUCUGAGCUUGACUUUUCCACGAUUCCUUGAAGCAGCUGAUAUGGAAGAUGAUGAUUUCGGUGCUGCUCUGCCUAAAACAAGCUGCAUCACUGAGCAAACUCAGUAUUUCUUCGAAAAUGAUGAUAAAUCCUUUGGUGGGAUUGUAGACUGUAUAAACUGCUCCAGACUUUAUCAUGCAGAGAAGAUUUCAAACACCAAUCUAGUAUUCAUUAUUAGUGACAGCCAACUGCUGUGCCGCUCCUGUGACCCAAAGCCACUGAUGCAAGCAGAGAAGCCGGAUGAGGGGCCAAAUCCUUGUGAAAUGGUCAAACAACCUCGAUACAGAAAGGGUCCCGAUGUCUGUUUUGAUGAAGCCAAACAGGAAGAUUCGGCUGACUGUGGUGGUGCCUCUGGUCUGAGUCCAUCACUGUGGUCCAUGGUAGGAAUUCAGCUGGUCCUGCUUUGGCUGUUAUCUGGCAGCAGACACUGCCAGUUAUGACCUUGCUAAACCAAAACCUGCAUAACUUAAUCAAGACCCGGCCAAAACGAUAGCCUCAGUUUCAUUUUAGAAGGGGUCAGCUAUUCAGACAGCAGCAGAACAGCAGCGCUCGUGUCUGGUGAUCAGUCGUUGUGAGAUUCAUAAAGGCGCCCACAGUGGCUGCAUGUUGGAGUGUCGGAUCCUUAAACGUGUGUGAAUGCUGCAUCAUCUAUGCCAUCCGAGCAGACUUCUGUAUGUGCUCCAUUGGGGAAAUCUAAAUUCUUUUCUGUUUGUUUGUUUGUUGUUGUAAUCUUGAUGAAUUCAUGUAAAAGGGCUCCCCUAACAAUGGCUUACGUUUAUGAUUUUCAUUUCUUUUAAGCUUUGGAUAUCUUGAAGAUUUAUAUUCUUUUACAUGAACAGUUAUUUAAAAACAGAAAAAAAAAAAGAAAAAAAAAUGUUGUCCCCAGUAUAUGUUACUAGCACCAUGAUGGCUGCUUUGAACAUCAGUGUUGUCCAAACUAGUUGAGUAAAAUGAAAAUAUUGGCCAAUUUUCAUUAGAAGUUCAGCAUGAUUGAAAUGUUUCAUGAUGAGUGGUUUAUUCUUCCUAAAUGAAUCAUGCAGCCAGCUAAGUUUUGGUAGGUUGAUAAAUUGUAUGUAGGAAGGAAAGAAGGGAAGGAAGAAGAAAGCAAGAAGAAAGGAAGAAAAGGAGAAAACUACUGUGUUUCAAAAUACAAAGGUACUGGAGAGUUUAACUAAAAAGUUAUUUUCAUCUUAAACUUGGUGUCAUCUUCUGUCAGAAAAUAUGUUAAUUUCAACAUAACAUUCACCUCCUUUUUACAAUGCAGUUACAUAUAAAGCUAGUAGAAUCAUUCAAAGGCUGAAACAAAAAUGCUUGUGAAUAAAAAAUGUCUUUGUGAUAUUUGAACGUUGGUUUCCAAGGGUAUUUUGCAUGAUGAUGAUGCUAUGUUAUUGUUUUCAGUUUGUUUUCUUUGAUGGUAGAGUAUAGUUCAUUGAAAAGGUAACUGAGUGAUUCCUUUAAUGUGUGAGAAACUGAACAUUGCAAUGUGUUGCAAUCAAAUCAUAUUAAGUUAUAUUAUGAAACAGAGCUCUGAAUAUACUGUGCAAUGAAAAAGCUGAGAAAAUAGGGUAAAUAUAGCUAUUGUAACAAAAGGGUUGAGUUGGAUUUUUUACAGAAUAGUGAUCUCACAUGAAAAUCUGUGUACAGAUAUUUUAAGUAUAUAAAAAUGAGAUUUAACGCAUUUAUUUUUGGAAGUAUAUGUUCUCUAAAGUUCAUAUCAAGUUCCCCCUUUGUUUCCUUCAUAUAUAACCACCCUCAAUAUUAAGACUUCUGCUGUUGCUAUUUAUUAUUGAAAAUAGCAUAUUUAACAGCAAAAUGUCCUGGUUGCUGUGAUUCGAAAAAAUAUAAACAAAAGGGGAGCCUUGAAUCUAUAUGUAUGCACAUUGAUACUUGAUUGUGAAUAAUAACUUUAGAAGUUGUUUUUAUACAACCUCAUUGGUGAUACAGGUUGGUGCAGUAAAUUACAAUAUAACAGUGUAGCAUAGUGUUGAUGCAAAAUAUGAUUUGCGCUUUUUUUUUCUAAGUUUUCAAAACUAAACAGUAUUGCAAGACAGCUAAACCAAUGAAUGUGCAACUCUGCUGGUAUUGUACAGUUCUGCUAACAACUGCAAUAUGCAAAUAUUAACAUGGCACAAUACACUAGCUCUUUAAAAAAAUUAUAGAAUGCAAAGCAUUGGUAUGUAUAUGCUGGCAAUUGAUUGAUAUAAUUUUGAUCAUGCCAAAAGCUUAAAAAAAUGAUUGGACAUGCAUUAAUAUCUUAUGAAAACUGAAGAAACUCCUCAAAGCCAUGACAUGGCUUGAAAGAUCAGACAUCUACUGUACUUGUACUCAUGGCUGGUUCAUUGUUUCUCAUGUACCUUGGCUCCAGCUAUGUAUUUUCUCAUGUUUGGGAACACAGUGAAUGAGGAAAAAUAAAUCCUGACCUUUUAUUCAGUGAUCAAAUUUAGCUUUUUAAAAAAAAUAUCUCUAAUAAUGUCAUGGAUGACUUCAGGUCCUCCUCAGGGAAGGUGAACUAAUGUUGAUAAUAUGGGUGAAGAUAAACUUGAAGCUCUUCUUUUCAGGCGUAUUGCUGUACUUCUCUUCACCCUGUCAUCAGUUACCACCUGAUACAAAAAUUGGUUUAAGUGUUUUUAAUGCCAAGACUGCAUCCUGUAUUUUUCCUUGACGUGAUCAAUUAACAUUUUAUGGGAAGAACAAGUUUUGUAGGAAUAGGCCAAUACUUACUGCAUUCAUAGCUUUUACUCUAAGGUUAGUUAAAAUACACAUUUGUUUGCAUUUUGCUCUUUUUAGUUCUUGAAAGAUUGUUGGUAUAUUAAGUUCUUUAUAGUUUUCAUUUAGCUUCCCAAAAGAAACCCUUCAUGGACAAGUUACACUAUUUAACACUGGUAAGGGUUGUGCUGGCAAGGUAUAUUUGAAGUUACUAAACUUUUUAUUAAAAUCUGUAGGCAUAAAAAGAGAAGGCACAAAGUCAUGGUGCCACAGAAAACGUCUGUGGGUCUUGCUCUCAACCCACUUCCCUUAAAUUACUCAAAUGCAAAAGGAGGGAGAAGCUCUUGCCAUGCAGACACAUAAGCCCUCUUGGGUGAUCCAAAGAGGAAAAUGUCCUUUGUUCCUCUCCUCUGCCCCUCUAUAUGACCUGGAGAAUAAUGUUUCUUAUAAACACUUAGCCUUCCAGUCACAAUACCCAUCUAAUUAAAAAUUCAGGAUCUGGCUCUCUGUCCCCAUAAAACUCAAUACUUUAAAAAUAUUAUUUUAAAUACUUUAAAAUUUUAUAUUAGAAUAUCCAAGUGAUGGUCAAGAUUUUUUUUUAAAAUACACUACCCUGAUAUCUGCAAAUUGCAAAACACAAAUGGAAAAUGCAAUGUGAAUUUUGGCUAUCACAAAAUGUGAACACCAGUCUCUAGAAAUAACUCACAUAAAUAAAUACAAAUUCUCAUGCAGAAGGGUGUCCUUACCCUUACAUAAUGCAUCAUAGUUGUCUUCUCUUGUCUUCGAAAGAAGAAACUUGAUCUUAGGCUUUAAAUUGAGAUAUUUUCAAAUUACAAUAUAUUGUAAAAAAUUGUAAGCCAGAUAAAAAGCUCUGUUGAUAUUUGCUCAAAUCCUUCAAAUAGCAUUAAGGGAACUGUUAGGAUUGGUUCGGUUUACACAGAAGUCAUACAGCGUAUUGUAUGUCUGACAAAUAACCACCAUUAAAGUUGUUACAGCACGGUACUGUGCAAAACGUGAUUUGAGGACUUAACAUGAAAGGUUUCUUUUUAGUUUUUCAUUUAAACAACCAGCAUUACUGCCAAAACACUGACCGUGGUCCAUAUUUGUAACAGGUUUUUAACAUAACAUAGCAGGUUUGAUUGACAAGAUUUUUAGGUCCUGUACCUUUAAGAUUUUAGUAUGAUCUUUUUCAUGUUUCUAAUGCUUGAGGCUUUACUGCUUAACUUGACAAAAACAACAAUGUUGCUGCCAUUUGUAAGUUUUCCUACAAUAUUCCUUUUACUAACUUAAAAACUGGCCUUACUGGUUUCAAACAGGCAGUAUCCCUUUUAAGUGACCUUCACAACCCAAGUGUUACUUGCUGUGGUUGAGAGUGUUUUGGUGUCACUGAAGAGACAUUAAGACCUUUUGUUCUCAUUAACACAUAAGCUCAGAAAACUUGCUUAGUAAGAAUUCCAAAACACCACCUCAGUCCCAUUGAACCUUAAAAUUCAGAACCCUGGUUAUUAUAUUAAUGCUUACAAGGGACUGCAAUGCACUCUGGUGUUUUUGGAGUGUCGACUGAACGUGAAAUCUUAAUAACUCCUUCCUUAGGAUAAAUUUUACCCUAUCUUCAUCAGACAUUCAAGCCUUUAGAAAAGGCCAGAUUUAUUAUUAUUUUGUUCAUACCACAAUGUUAAUAUUGUUAAUACUCAUUGUACACUAUUGUAAAAUAUUAAAACAAAGUGUCUGAAAGCAAUUCAAGAGUUUUGAAAAGUUAGCCUCACCCUCUUCCCAGCUACUUGCAUCUGUCCUGUUUAUGAUUUAAAAGGAAAACAUCGUCUUGAAGAUAUAUUUCACUGAGGCUAAAGGGAUACUGUCUUGUUCAGAUGCCAUGAUAUUGCGAUUGUGAUCUGACAAAGCUGUCUUCUCUUCUUGUGUUGUAUGGAAUGUCUGGAUCAUGCUUUCUGGGAUAUUUUUAUUGAAAUGCUCAGUGUGCGUUUCUGCAGAAAAAGACUUGGUUGCUCUUACAAGGCAAGCAGGUCUUUCUCCCUUUUCUUGUGUUCUCUUGACACUUUUGUGGAACUUGACAAGCCUGGAAAAAUAAUUUUUUGUAAAAAUUUGUACAAUAAUGAUAUAAAAAGUUUAUAAUCCUAGAACCGUUGUGUUAAUUAUUGUGCAAAAGCAGUAUAUUCAGAAUAAAAGUUUAUCAUUUAAAGUCAA